AGACUCAAUAGAUUCCUUUAUUCAUUUUAUGAGAUUUUUUAUGAGAUUUUGUGAUCGUACCUUUUCGAUUACAGAAUCAAAGAUUAGUAAUAAAAAAAAGUAUCAUAGACUAAGAACCAGUCGAUCCCCCUGUUGCGUCAUUUAUUCAUCAUAUUUUAUUUGAAGAACAAUUGUUUUUUUUUUUAAAUACAAGUUUUUUUUUAAAAUCUUCCAAAAAAAUGCAUGAAAAGAUGGAGAAUAAAAGGAAGUUUGAAAUAUUUCUUGGAGAAACUUAUAAUCAUCCGAGAAAAUCAAUGAGACUUAAAAGUAAACCCUUUUCUCGUCUUUCACAAGAUGACUAUUUACAAAAAGAAAUCGAUAAAAAUAAAUGCGAAGAAACGUAUGUUUCGACUAAUAAUUAUGAUAGCAAUAAUAACAACAAAGAUGUAGCGCAGCAGUCAAUUAAUAAUGAAGCAUCAAGUACUGAGAAUAAAAAUGAACAAGGGCCUGUUUUUUCGAGGUAUCGCAGGGAUAAAAGCCGACCUAAAAAGUCUAAAUCUAGAAAAUCUAACACAAUCAUAGAUCAAGUAGAAUAUUCAAACUCAUGCGAUUGUCAAUUGCUUGUUUCUUCACUUCCAUGCGAUUGCUCAAAAUCAACAAAGAAUCAAAAUGAAAAGUUCGAUUAUGAAAUGAUUAUUAAAGAAGAUAUCCCUGACAAAAAUCCACCAAUAAAAGCGAAAAAACAAGGCAUAAUAAAAAAAGUUAAGAAAGUCACAAAAGCUAUUUAUAAUUAUUGUAGCUACGUGAUUUAUGGCUAUGAAAGUGACGAGCAAAGUGAUGAUGAUUUGUCCAAUCUAACAAAUUCAGCUUCAUCAUGUUGGGAAAAUGCAUUUAAUAAGUUUCCUUUUUUAAAACAAUUCGAUCCACUAGCACCUAAAAAUCCGAUACCUUCAGUAAUUUAUCCUUAUUCAAGCACACUCACCAACGAACCCUCAAAUUCAACAGAAGCUCUUUGUACAAAAUGUGGAUUGCAUUAUGUUUCAAGUAAUAUUUUGAACGGUACAAAUUCGCACAAUAACAAUAUUCGGGAAGGUAAUAAUAAUCGACAUGAUUUCUUACCCGUGGAAAGUGUUUCUCGACACAUGGCACCACAAUCUUCCCCAAAAUCAUUACAUCUGCUCGUAAUGUUUAUAGCGUUUGAUUGUAAUAUUGGGCCACCGAAUUUCGACAAUUGUCAUUCAUUACGCUAUCAUCCUAUCUUGCGUCGUUUUGGAAAACCUAUAAUAGACGAAUUUAAUGCAUUAAAUUUUGUUCAUGAUUCGAUAAUGAAUUGCUGGGCAAAUUCAUGGAAGGUUGCACUGGUUGUUUUGGGCGAAGUUAAAGAAUUGAAUCGCUUUUUUAUGGAAAUUCGUAAAAUAUUCAAGAGUGAAAUUUUAGAUAUUAUUUUCAUUCAACCUUCAGAAUCUUCAUAUUCGCUUUCUUUCCCUAAAUAUUUUAAUCAAUUGGAUAUUAGCGUAGCUAAAAAUUCUUAUACAACAAGUUGGAUGGAAAAAUAUGGCAAGAUAAUGGAUAAUGUAAUUCAAAAGGUAAUUUUUUCUUUCGAAAGUUGAAUUUCUUUUAAUACAAUUUACAUUUCUUAUUUCAUUGUCCUAAAUACUAAUUAGGCAUAUCGUGAUGAAGACAAGAUAUACUUUUACAAUAAAGAUGAACCGUAUUACGAGUUUACUAAUUUUUAUAGAGCCCCGAUCCGGAAAGAUUUCGAAGAAUGGCCGACGACUGAACAUUAUUGUAAGUAAAUAUGUAGAGAUAUUUUCGUAAUUCGUGAUUUGGCAAUAAUUUCAUUCUGAUAUCUAUGU